AUGUUCGCACCUCCGAGCCCCCACAUGGGCAAUCGCCCAGCAUCGGCUGCUGCUCAUCACGGCUACGCUCAUCCUCAAAUAUACGAUCUUCCCUCUUCUCCCAUGCCUCAGGAACACCGCCUUCAAAGGAGCAGCUCCUUCUCGUGGAAACCCGAGCUAGGCCUCCCGCCACCGCCGAGCCAGAUCGAUGCGCUUGGCGAUUCCAUUCAGCAUGCACUCGUCCCGCAUCGUCCUGCCUCCCGCGCCCGCUCCGUCUCGCCCGCCACACGUGUUCCCUCGCGUUACGAUCUGGGAUUCGGAGGUCUUGAAGACCCCACAGAGCACCGCGACCGCACCCAGGACCACAUGAACAUGGUCACCAAGCAUCCCAAGGUCAAGGUCGACAUCGUCCUCUCCAGCAACGUCUUCGAAGCCGGAGGAACCCUCAGCGGCAAAGUCGAACUUACCUGCACCACUAGCCAGCGCCUCCGACUUGGCCAGAUCGCCAUAGAGCUCGAGGCUGUCGAGCAGCUCACAUCUCGCGACCAUGCAGCUACGCAGCUUUUCCUCUACAACCGCACCAUGUUCCAGGGCGACGACCUCCCUCCUUCCAACGCCGUCCUGCCCGCUGCUCCCAUCAACGGCUACUGGACCGCCCGCAAAGGCCGCACCACUUUCCCUUUCAGCUUCCGCCUGCCUUCCUCCGCCCCGUCCUGCGUCACAUUCGCCGGCAACGCAUCCCUCCGCUACGGCCUCAAGGCUACCGCGCAAACCUGGUACAACGACGACAAGAUGAUCGUCACCGCAAGACGCGAGGCCUUUGUGCUCGAAAAGUGGUCCGACGUGCACAAUCCUAGAUUCUACGAGCCCGUCGACGUCGUCGGAGACACCCGCCUCUUCAUGGGCGGCAAUGGUGCUGUGUGGCUUGAAGCCGGCGUGACGGAGCAGCUCUUCUGGGGCGGCGGUCAGAUGCUCGUCAGAUGCGGCAUCAAGAACAACACCAAGCGCCACCUCAGCGGCAUCAAGAUCGCCCUCGCUCGUCGCCUCAUCUUCCCCGUUGGAAGCCCAGAGGGUGUGCACGAGAGUGCUGAGAAGAUGUCGCUGGAACCUCGCAUCACCGAGAUUGUCCACGACCAGAUCUUCAAAGGCCGUGAUUACGAAUUUGCGCCCAACGCCGAGUCCGUCUGCACUGCCGCCGUCGACAUCCCCAGGGACCUUCGCACCAUCCGCAAGACACGCUUGUUCGAGGUGCGCACCUAUGCGCUGGUAAGCCUCUUGCUCGGAUCCUUUGCCAAGGAUUUAACGAUCGAGAUCCCCAUCUACGUCGCACACACCGCAAGCGGUCAGCCUCCGGCACGCGAAGGCCUGGACGAUCUGCACAACGCACUGCCGGUCCACUCGCUUCCCCAACGUCCUCACUCCUCGAUGGGCCAUUCGCAUCACCAUCACGGCCAUCACCAUCAUGCGCAUGGUGCGCCAGUACAUCACGUUCACGGCGCUAUCCCGCAGAUGCAAUCGGGCAUGCUCGAGGUGGAGCGUCUCGCCGCCGAGCGAGGCUGGUCUCCGGCGCCUAUGCUCAAUCACCACAACCAAGCAGGACCCUCCGUGAGACCUGCAAGCACCGCACCGGGUAUGAUCCAGCUUCCUGCUCAAGCCCAACCGUUCACCUUGGGUCCAGACGGCCACGUGCAGUGGAAUCCCACUGCAAACAGCUGGAACGCCAGUCGGCUCAUUGCUCCGGCCGACGCCGGUCACACCAUUCAACGCUCGAUGAGCGCCGCGCCGGAUGUCUUCCACAACAUGCCGCCGGCCAGUCCGCUUCUUCAGGGUCACGGCGGUCAAACAGCGUGGGCUCUACCGCAGCGCUCCAUGUCCGUGUCUCCAGGCCCAGCGCAGCAUGUCCAGCCACCCGCCUUCGGCCACGCUCCUCAGCCGUCGGGUGUGCCAUCACCGCAAUUCGCCCCAACGGUCGACAAUGGGCCGUCCCUGUCGGCUCCGGCGCCGUUUGGAGGAGCUCAACCGUCGCAGCCUGUCUACCAAGCCCCGAUCCGAGAAACUCUCCCACCGAUGCCAGAGCCGCAGUCGAUCACCAGCGCGAACCUGGCCCAGUUUGCCACGCCACCCAUGCAGUCGCUGCCAUCCGGCUUCCCAGCUGGCGGCGCUUCGCCAAUCGCUGGCUUGGCCACCAUCGACGAGGACGGCGAGUCUCAAGCAGGCACAGUCAAGACGCUGCAGAAGCUGCCAACCAUGGGCAAGAACGGAGGCGGCGGCGGCAAGGGCAACAGCGUCUCUCGCAACAACAUUGCGCAAUUCGAGGCGAUGGCCGAGGCCGAAGAGGAUCAAGAAGAGGUCAAGCGUCAGAUGAUUGCCAUGGGCAUGCAGCCGGACGAAGAUGCUUUCUCGGCGCCGACGCAAAAUCCUCCGGGAAUUGCUGCGGAUGUCCGGGCUGCGGAUGGCUACAGCGAGGCCGUAGCAGCAAACUCAGCAAUGUCGACCAACAGUCGCGUCACCGUCGAUACUGCUCAGACAUCGUCUGCUGCCUCUCAGCGGCCGCGCGCUAGCGACAUCUUCCAAGACGUUGGGCACAGGGAGGUCAGCGCAGAGAAGGAGCGGUCUGCCCCUGUCGUCACGAUGGCAUCUGUCGAGCCUUCCGCGACGGUUGUUGAGCGUACGCAAGAACCUUCGGCAGACUCGCAGAUGCGCAAGACCGGAGAAAGCCGCGUGAGCGAGAUGCGUCGAUCUUCCAUCACGUCCUUGCGUCGCUCGUCUUCGUCGCAAGGCUUCGGUCUCGAGGCUCUGGAGACGAAGCUCGCGCGAUCGACAACACCCAAGAUCGGCUCCAGCUCACAAAGUACCGUGGUCAUGGCCAAUGUCGGUCGCACCGACAGCACUUCCAGCCCCCUGGCCUCCCCCAUUGUCCGCCAGGAGGAAGGCUCGAGGUCGCGCAAGAACAGUGCUCUGCGCUCUGCGGCCCUGGCUCGCGAGGAGGCAGAACGCAAGAGCGUUGAGCAGCAAGCUCGAGCGGCCGAGGAGCGUGCUCGCCAGUUGGAAGCCGAAAAGGCCAGUCGCGCUGCAGCCGCCAUCGCAGCGGCCGAGUCCGAAGCUGCAGCAGCCGAGCGAGCCGCAGCCGAGAGGGAGGCCAAGCGCAUCCGUCAAGCCGAGCAGCAGAGGCAGGAAAGAGAGAGGCUGGCCGAGGAGGCGCGUCGACAGCACGAGCUGCGCAAGCUCGAGGAGGCGCGAGCCCAGGAAGAAGCCCAACGCGUUGCGAGGGAAGAGCAGCUCGAGCGCGAGAGGCAAGCGGAGAUGUCGGCGUCCAUGCAUCGAUCGGACGGAGGUUCGUCCGAGUUGACAGUGAAGCCCGAGACCGGAGCCAUAGAGUCGCGCAGGCUCGGCAACAUCGGUGCGGUCAGGUCACCUUCGUCGACGACCAGCUUGGAACGCAUUCAAGCUGCGAUCGCACCCGCGCCGAGCUCGAUCGCGCCUUCGGUGCCGUCCAAGACGACGCGUCCGACCUUUGGCGCGCCGAGCAGAACCAGCGAUCGGGAUCGCGUCGUGCUCAAGCGGGAGGCGGUCCACCGCAUCGAUGGCUGGCUUUCCAAUGCCGCCAGUCCGAACGCGUCGCAUAUGAACACGCCUGGCACUCCGAGCGCCUCGGUUCUGUCGGUACUUGCAAAGGACGAGCCACGGGCAUCGGCUUCGCGAGAAGACGAGAGACGGUCGUCGUAUUCGUACCGAUCGCCUUCGCAGGUCAUCAACCCUCUGUGGGAGGGCAAGGCAGCUGGCUCUCGCAGUGCACACAGGUCGAUUCCAGCCUCGCAGACGAUGGCAGAUUUGGUCUCCACCAAGACCUCGCUGGCCAGCCAGAAGGCUGCAGCGGAGGACGACGAGGCUGUGCCGCAGCUGUCAGCCGAGCUUCGAGCGCUGGUUGACGGGUCAGAGAUCCGAAGCGCUCACAGAACCAGCACAGCUCUCAAGGACAAUCCGAUCAGCCGCCGGCUUUCAGGCAUAGGAUCGACGCAGAAGCCCAGCGAGGCUGAUGCUGCAACCGCUUCGGCUGUAUCGUCGACGGAAGGGGCAAAACGCGAGCGUCACAUUUCAAUGCCGUCGUGGCCCCGACCGGGGACGCUGAAUCUCGACGCUGCAAGGAACGCAGGACAAGGAUCAGCUGCAGUCAGCUCAUCGGAGCGCCGCCUGUCGCGCAAUCCCGAAGCUCGAGAAGUCGCGAUUCCGUCUCGCGUCGAAAAGACGCUCGCAGCGCCGAUCUCGGGAGCCAGCGCGAGCGACAAGCAGCCAAGCUACGACGCACGUUCGGCUCGCGGAGGAAAGGGAGGACGAGUGGCAUCGGUCGCACAGUUGUGGUCCAAGAUCGCUGGAGAUGACGAACCCGAUGCGGCCGACGGUGAGAGGGGCUCAUUGGCCGCGCCGCAGGGCGAUUAUGGGCCACGAUCUGCUUCGCCGUCGAGCGCAUCGACAGUGAAGCCCAAGGCACGCCGAUUGUCGUCCGCAAGUGGAGGCGCUCCUGCAUUGGACUUCAGCAAGAAGGCCGCGACACCCUCAGCCUCGGUCGGUGUAACGGCCAUCGUGGCUACCUUUGGUGCCGCUUCGAGCGCGUCGAAGCCGCAGUCGCUCAAGAGCUUCACCGCACCGCAGUUCCUUAACACGAGCGUUUCGAAGCCGGUCUUUGCCAAGGUUGGCGCGCAGCCUGCGCCCAACUCGGCUGCAGAGGCGGCUGCGACGGCGGCAAGCAAGCCAGAGAAGCGUCCGUUGCCAAAGCCGGUGCUGGAGCCUGGAGCUGUGCCGGCACCUACGCUGGUGCGACCCACAGCCAUGCGUGCUUCCAAGGCACCGGCUGCAGAGCGCUCGUCGCGAAGAAUCAGCACGCAGCUGCUGUCGACCUUCGAGAAGGAAAAGACGCCCAAGCUCGAGCCGGCCGAGGUGGCAUCGGUGCGCGACAUGAUGAGCAAGGUCGCGGUGGAUUCUACGAUUCUGGGAGCGCUUCAGGCGAACGAUGUGCACGACGGAGCCACCCUGCGAUACGCCGACGGCACCGAGAUCAAGAUGAGUGGCCGAGGCACCACCAAGGCCAUCGGAGAGAACAAGCUCAAGAGCCUCCGAGCGGUAUGGGGUAGCUGA